AUGCCCAAUAGAUUCUUUUGUGUUGGCGAGAGCAGUACAACCAAUGCACGUAUAACAUACCCUACUUCAGACGAUGUGGAAUUGCCGCGUUUUGUUGAGGCGGAAAAUGAAAUACGCAUGCCUGGCAUAUUAUUCAAUGUCGGUGAAAGUCGUGCAAUCGACACCAACAACAUAUCAAACCCCAUUUCUGAUGAUAUAAGGGUCUGGAAAGUAGGGAGAACUGGUUAUAGAAAUUGUGCAAGAAAUUACCAAGAGAGUCAAGGAGUUCCUAUAUUCAGUUUGCCACCCAUGAAAACAUGUCCGCAUUGCCAAGCACGACUUUUCCAUUGUGAAUCUCCUGAACUAUGUUGCUUAAGUGGGAAGGUCAACUUACCUGAUUUUCCAUUAUCCUCUGAUAUGCUUGAUUUAUAUUCUGAUCAAUCGGAAUAUGGGGCUCAUUUUAGGCAAAACAUUCGUAAGUACAACCAUGUCUUUUCAUUCACUUCAAUGGGAGUUCAUUUAGAUGACGAACUAGCAAAUGCACGUCAAGGCGUUUACACAUUCCGUGCACAAGGUUCAAUUUACCAUCGUAUUGGAGGUUUUUUACCUUUGAACGAAGGAGAUCGUCCUCGAUUUCUUCAACUCUACAUUUAUGAUACUGAGCAUGAAAAUGAAAAUCGUGCAGCAGAGAAUUCAUCAUUACGCCUCGAUGUCAUCGACAGAAUCAAGAAUAUUUUGAAUGCUCACAAUCCUUUUGUCCACAAUCUCUGUCAUCUUGCUCAGCGUAGUGACUUAAGUGAUUGCAAAUUUGUCAUCAAAGAGCAACCUACAAAUAAACAUCAAUACUCGAUGCCGACAGCUUCGCAAGUAGCAGCAGUUGUCGUUGGAGGUGAUGACAUUUCCAACUUGAAGGAUAGGGACAUCAUGGUAGAGUCAGUAACUGGGCAACUAAGUUAUAUCAAAGACACUGCCGGUUAUUAUGACCCACUGCAGUAUCCUCUAUUGUUCCCUUAUGGUUCUUACGGCUGGGAUUUAAACAGUCGAAGUUCCACUGGUAAGAAGUUGACAUGCCGGGAAUUCUAUGCAUACAUGUUUCAGAUGCGACAACAUCUUGAUUCUCUAAUCUUAAGAGGCGGUCGUCUACUGCAACAAUUUAUUGUCGAUAACUGUGUCAAAAUGCAAGCCAAUAACUUGAGGUGGAUUGCACUCAACCAAGAUAAGAUACGUGCUGAUUUGUACAAGGGUUUAGAGGAUUCUUUACAUGCUGGAGAGCAUAACACAGAAAAUGUUGGACGAUGGACCAUACUACCAUCUUCAUUCGUUGGAAGUCCAAGAGAUAUGCACCAGAGGUAUCAAGAUGCCAUGGCAUUGGUUCAUAAGUUCGGCAAGCCCGAUAUAUUUCUUACAAUGACAUGCAAUCCAUCUUGGCCAGAGAUACAAUCAGAAUUGUUGGCCGGACAAGUUCCAAACGAUCGUCCAGAUCUGCUGACACGAGUUUUUCAUGCUAAACUUGAAGAGUUGAAAAAGGAUGUUCUCGAAAGGGGCGUCCUCGGAACGGUUGUUGCUUAUGUAUAUGUGAUUGAAUUCCAAAAGAGGGGUCUUCCACAUGUUCAUAUGUUAUUAAUUCUUGAUCAAAAUGACAAGCUAACCACUCCGGAUGACUUUGAUAAGAUUGUGAGAGCAGUGAUUCCUGAUGAACAACAAGAACCAAAAUUGUAUAAGGCAGUUCUUAAACACAUGAUUCAUGGCCCAUGUGGUGUUCUCAACCACAAAUCCCCGUGUAUGAAACAAGGAAGUUGUAAGAAAGGAUUCCCUAAGGAAUUCUCUAAUGAUACAAAGCAAGGCAAUGACUCAUAUCCUCUUUACCGUCGUCCACAAGAUCGUCCAGCAGUACCGUUGCGUGAGAAUUCACGAGUUCGUGUAGAUAAUCGGUGGGUAGUCCCAUAUAAUCCUUUUUUGCUCUUAAAGUACGAUUGUCACAUCAAUAUUGAGAUAUGCAGCAGCAUCAAGUGUGUCAAAUAUCUGUAUAAGUACAUCCAUAAGGGUUCAGAUAGAGUUUCAAUGGAAGUUCAUAACGGAGAUGAGAUUGCACAAUAUGUUGAUGCACGGUGGAUUUGUGCACCCGAAGCUAUGUGGAAACUUUACAAAUUCCCCAUGACUAGAAUAUGUCCUGCCGUAGAUCGUUUGCAGGUUCAUUUGCCAAACAUGCAUCAAGUGAGGUUCGAAGGGAACCAGCAAAUCUCAAGCGUGUUAGCGAACCCAAGAAACUCAGACGAUGCUCACUGA